AUGACGAACAUUGUCGGAUUGCCAAAGUACGACAAGGAUGGACGGGAGCUGUACUGUAUAUGCCGCAAGCCGGAUACGGGGAAGUGGAUGAUCUGCUGUGAUGGGUGUGAGGAUUGGUAUCAUGGAGAGUGUGUCAAGGUCAAGGAGGAGGAUGGGAAUCUCAUUGACAAGUACUAUUGCCAGCACUGUCAAACAUCGACGCAGCGAACGACGUGGAAACGGAUGUGCCGGCUGCCACACUGCCGCAAACCCGCCGCCAUCGACCAGAACCCCCCGUCCAAGUACUGCUCCACGAAAUGCGGCGUCGACUACAUGAACAAAUACGCAAUCCCUCGCUCGACGCUCUCACGUCCGCAAGUCGCCGCGCUCGCCAGCGUCGUCACCACCGGCGCGGAAUUCAAGCGUCUCGGCGACCACAUACCGACGCCGCCGCGCGGCGCCUGCACUCCCACCACGGAGGAAACCCUGCGGCUCUCCAAGAUCCUGCUGGAGCGCCACGCGCUGACCAAGCAGAAGAAGCGGAUCGAGCAGCGCGGCCGCUACGUCGAGCUCGCGAUCGAGCGCCGCGCCCGCAUCCUCGAGGAGCUGCAGAGCGAUCCUGACGCCGGCAAGGUCACCGCCAUCUGUGGCUACGACACCAGACUGGCGCUCGACGAUCUCGAGUGGGACGAGUGGUGCGAGACGGACGAGGGCGCAAACGUUUUCGAGACUGAGUGGAUCCCUGGCAGAGACGGCGUUUGUAUUAAGAAGAAUUGCCGCACUCAUAAAGGGUGGUCCACGCUGUUUGUAGACGAGCAGCAUCAUUGCGAGAGGGAGCGUGUGGAACGCUUUGUGGCCCUGAGACAGGAGGAGAGGAGGAUCAGGGAGCGCCAGAAACGCCGCGUGCUGAAGGAUGAGGAGGAGGGAAGGGUCGAGGUCGAGGGUUGA